AUGGCGUCUGCAAUGGCUAUGGACUCCAUAGACAAACAUUAUUUUGAUAUCCAGUUAAAAUAACGACAAAUUGAAGCCGCGGGGGGAUUCUAAAUGGACGAUAAGGAAUCUUCGGCGAUGCUUUUUUACUGUCCUUUUUCUUGAUCUCGGCUAUAAACCCGCAACCCAUGUCAGAAGGAGCCAGGCCUGCCUGGUCGAAGAGGGGUUGUGGGGACUUGCAGCGCCGAGGUGAUUCAGAGAAGGGCGUUGUUAGUUUCUCCCCGGACACAAGGGCCACUGUCCUCUGAUUGGCUCGGAAUAGCCCCUCUGACAUGCCCGUGGCCAAUCAGAGGUGUGUGAUGUCAGGGGGCGAGGUGGAGGUGUACCUGUCCCAGGUGCAUGAUGGGAGCGUGUCCUCAGGGUUCCGGGCGCUGUACGAGGAGAGGCUCCUAUUGGACGUCACGCUGCUGAUAGAGGAACACCACUUCCAUGCCCACAAGGCCCUGCUGGCGACCCAGAGUGACUACUUCCGGGUCAUGUUCACAGCAGACAUGCGAGAGAGAGACCAGGACAAGAUACACAUGAAGGGGUUAACAGCUGCCGGCUUCGGCCACGUCCUGAGGUUCAUGUACUACGGUUCACUGGAGCUCAGCAUGGUCACAGUGCAGGAGAUACUACAGGCGGCCAUGUACGUCCAGCUGACGGAGGUGGCAGAGUUCUGCUGUUCCUUCCUGCUGUCUAAGAUCUGUCUGGAGAACUGUGCUGAGAUCAUGAGGCUGCUGGAGGACUUCAGCGUGGGGGUGGAGGGCGUGCAGGAGCAGCUCGACAACUUCCUGCUGGAGAACUUUGUUCCUCUGAUGAGCAAACCUGACUUCCUGCUCUACCUCAGCCUGGAGAGACUGCAGGCGUACCUGGACAGUGAUGCCCUAAGUCGGUUCCCAGAGAUAGAGCUGUAUGACUCUGUCCAGUCCUGGCUACGACACGACCGGCGCCGCUGGAGACACACAGACACUGUCGUCCAGUCUCUACGCUUCUGCCUCAUGACCCCUGCUAACGUCUUCGAGAAGGUGAAGACGUCAGAGUUCUAUCGUUACUCUCGACAGCUGCGUCAGGAGGUGGACCAGGCUCUCAGCUACUUCCACGACGUCAACGAGCAGCCGCUGGUCGAGACGCGGUCCAACCGCAUCCGCUCGGUCCGACCGCAGACAGCCGUGUUCAGGGGCAUGAUCGGACACAGCAUGGUCAACAGCAAGAUCCUACUGCUGCACAAACCCAAGGUGUGGUGGGAGUUGGAAGGUCCCCAGGUCCCCCUCCGUCCAGACUGCUUGGCCAUCGUCAACAACUUUGCCUUCCUGCUGGGGGGGGAGGAGCUAGGGUCUGACGGGGAGUUCCACGCCUCCUCUAAAGUCUACCGCUACGACCCCCGCCAGAACUCCUGGCUACGCAUGGCUGACAUGUCUGUACCCAGGUCAGAGUUUGCAGUGGGGGUCAUCGGUAAGUUCAUCUACGCGGUGGCUGGGCGGACGCGGGAUGAGACGUUCUACUCCACGGAACGCUAUGACAUCACGGCGGACCGCUGGGAGUUUGUGGAUCCGUACCCAGUCAACAAGUACGGUCACGAGGGCACGGUCCUGAAUGGGAAACUCUACAUCACCGGAGGAAUCACUUCCUCAUCCACCUCUAAACAGGUGUGUGUGUUCGACCCGGGGUGGGACACGGGGGGAGGGAUGUGUCUAUUCGACCCGGGUCGGGACGUGGGGGGAGGGGUGUGUGUGUUCGACCCUGGGCGGGACGCGGGGGUAGGGGUGUGUGUGGCGGGCUCUGCAGGAGCAGGAACAACGGACACACACAGGACGCGUUCAGCCCGCACCCCCCUCCUCCCCAACACACACACACCCACCAGCUCCUGGGAGAACAAGUCGAAGAUGAAUUACGCUCGCUGCUUCCACAAGAUGAUCUCCCACAACGGGAAGCUAUACGUGUUCGGGGGGGUGUGUGUGAUCCUCCGGGCGUCGUUCGAGUCGCAAGGCUGCCCAUCCACGGAGGUCUACGACCCUGAGACAGAUGAGUGGACCAUCCUGGCGUCAAUGCCCAUCGGGCGCAGUGGACACGGCGUGGCAGUGCUGGACAGACAGAUCAUGGUACUGGGGGGCCUCUGCUAUAACGGACAUUACUCCGACUCCAUCCUCACCUUUGACCCCGAUGACAACAAGUGGAAGGAGGAUGAGUAUCCCAGGAUGCCUUGCAAACUGGACGGGCUGCAGGUCUGCACUCUGCACUUCCCUGAGUACGUCCUGGAGCACGUCCGGCGCUGCAGCUGAGGUCUGGUGCAGUUCAGACACAACCUUUUUAAAGGUUUGGGAACACCCCCCCUUUAAGACAGACUCCUCCAGGCUCCAGGUGUGGGCCGGGCGGUGGAGGAUCUGUGUUUACAGGUGUGACACUAACGCUCUAACACAGAAGCUUUUCAACUAGGUACAGACUGAACUAAACAUGCCAUAGUAAUCUGUCCUCAUGGGCAGAAAAUGGAGCUGCGGUAGUGAUCAGUGGUGGUGAUAGUUUUCAAAAUAAGCUUUUCAGAAAAAAAUGAAAAAUUAUGAUAAAUAAUUUUUCAUGAUUCAGCUGUCUUAUUUUGGACUGAGGUCAGUUUCGUAUUGUUGUUAUUAUGAUUAUGUUUCAGCCUACAGUCCUACAAGCCCUGUCUAUCUGAAAGAAUGUGUAUAAACCCUGGAUGGCUGACAAGGGGGGCGCUGUAUUGAAGCCAUUUUGGUACUCCAUUGUAAAAAAAAAAGAUUUUGUAAGCUAUAGAAAUACAUUUAUUAAUGUCUACACAUGUUUUUUACA